UUGCGGUGGAUGCGCUUGAGGUGCUAGUCCUGGUGGAGGACGUGGAGCUGGUCCUGGUGGAACUGGUAGAGCUGGCCCUGGUAGAGGAGCUAGUCCUGGUAGAAGAGGAGGUCCUGGUAGAAGAGCUGGUCCUGGUCGAGGUGGAAGAUGUCCUAGUAGUUGAGCUCGUCCUGCUAGUCGAGGUGGACGAGGCGGAGGUGUGGAAGUGGUGGUACUACUUGGACCGGACCUACAACUUGUGCUACUGGCCUUACCUGUGUGGCCGUUUCUCCCCCAUGGUACUAUCAAUGCCUCCGAGUCUGAGAUUUCCGUCCUAUAUCCUGGCUCAAGUAACAAAAGAGCUGCUAAACCUUGCUGAAGUGAAGCUAAGAAAGACUAGUCUUGGUUUUGGGGCCAGGAGCGUCUAG